AUGAAGGAAGACCAGUCCGCCCUUGCAUGCCAUACAAGGGUACCUCAAAUUUCAUCGUUGUACAACUUUCAAGAGGAUGGUUCGGACGAAAAUAAUAUCUAUUCCAUUUCUUUACUUUCUCCACCCACCACGUUGCAUUCAAUUUUACAUCUUUCAUCACCCGAAAAUGUUCCAAGAGUAUCCAUUAGCUUGCAAAAUAUUUCUCAAAAUUCUAUCCCUUCUAACAAUGGUUCUACUGAUGGAAAUAAUUCAACAGAUUUACUUCGGGAUGAAAUUUUGGGAUUUGAAGAAAUGGUAAUCUUUGCACCAAUGGCAAAGAAACACUCCAAUAUUUAUUUUACUCUAGAGCUAGGAAAAGAUGAUGGUACCGAGUUUGAUGAUCAAGAUGCUUAUCGGGAUGAAAACCGAUAUUCUCAAUUCAUUCAUCAUCUGGAAGAUUUUUCAUCAUUUAUUCAUAAUUACCAAAAUAUUAAUUACUUGAAUUUAAGCAAUUGCGGAAUAUCAGACGAUAAUGUUAACGUUCUUUCAUGCUUAAAAGAAUGUAGAUUGGUGCGAAAAUUAAACCUCUCUCGUAACGAGCUCGGAUGUACUUCUUUGAAAUAUUUAAGCGAGAAGCUAUUGAUUCAUGAGGUUAUGAAUUGCAAUUUAGAAGAAUUACUUUUAUCACACAACUUGAUUGGAAAUUUAGGACUCGUGGCCCUGAGCAAAUGGAUUUCUCAUAAUUCAACCCUGAGAAUACUCUCUCUAAAUGACAAUAAUUUUGAUUUUUUAGGUGUUAAGGCAUUGUGUUAUGGUAUGAUUUUAAAUAAUUCAAUUACAACCAUCGAUGUUUCAAACAAUAACCUUAAGAGAUGUCAUAUAUUAUUGAGCCAACUUGUACAAUUAUGCAAACAACUUCAAUCGAUAUCUUGUAAAAACACCUCCAUCUAUGAUCCAUCAUUUGAUCUCAACCUUAAAUCAUCGAAUAUAUUGCAUUUAGAUAUAGAAGGAAAUGAUUUAGGAGAUGAAAUUGUAAUGAAACUUGUUUCUUCACUGAUGCAUCAUCACUCCACCAUCUAUAGCCUCAAUCUAAAAAGAAAUAAGAUUUCCGAUCAAUCUAUGGAGAGUUUGAUCAAAUUAUUGAAACAUAAUAGUGGAAUAUCCAUUCUCGAUUUGAGAGAGAAUUUAUUGAGUGAGUCUUCAUGCGAGGUGUUGAAACAAGUCUCAUCGGGUGGUGCAACAACGCUAUUAGUCGAUACACAAUGUUCCAACAUGGUGGAGCAACACAACUGUCCAGACAUGAAGAACAACUCACCUCCAAUCAGUGAUAUGGAAAUUAGACAUGAAACAAUUCAUGACGAUACACCAUUAAACACUGAGAAAGAAGUCGUGAACGUGCAAUCCAAAUCAUCAGCAAAAGUCGAACAAGAAGUGAUUUCUGUGUCAUUGAUGAACCCAUUUCAAGAUCAACAAGAAAACUCCAAUAUUGUUAUAGUGUCUUCCACAGAAGAAGAAGAUAUUGUAGAUGCAUUUCUCAACAGUUAUUCUCCACAACCCAAAAGUGAGACUCGUGGCUAUCAACCUUCACCACCACACAUACCUUCAAUGGAAUCGAUUGAGCAUGAUCAAUCACAGCUACAGAUCACUUCUAAUGUUAAGGAUGAAGGACGAUCACCAAUGAACUUGUCCGAAUUCCAAACACCUCGUGUAAAAACGUUAUCCUUACCUAUUUCACAUUCACCUCAUCACCGUCAUGUAGACCUUUCUCAGUAUUCCAUCUCAAAGCUUAGAGGUCAAUAUGUUUCAAGUCCACCGACAUUGUCAUCCCACAACCAUUCAACAUUCCCAGAAAUGAUGAAAAACCUAACCACCUUUAAAACUGCACGACAUGAGUAUUAA